AUGAUGUCUUGGAUUAUCACACUCAGUGUUCGUGCCGCUAUCUACCUAUUGGGAUUAGCCCAAUAUCUGGCCGUGCCCAAGAUCUUUGGGUGUCCCGUCAAUGGUAGGUUCUGUCAAACUGAAGAUAACUUCCGUAUUCUCACCAGUAUUAGGAUCUCGGGUAACUGGCCUUGGGAAGUGGAGGCCCUACAUGCCAAAUAUGGUGACAUCGUGCGGAUUGGUCCGAACGAGUUAUCCUGCGUCCAUCCUCAAUCAAUCAAGGACAUUUAUGGACAACCAAACAUCAACCACCCCCAGUUCUUCCGCAAAUUUACCACUUUCUAUAAACAAUCGGAUGUUGGUGGGUCAAUAGGUACAGAGGUUGACCCUCAUGUCCAUCAAGGCAUUAGAAAGCGGCUAGCUCCUGGAUUCAGCGCCUCUGCCCUUCGCAAACAAGGAGACAUCAUUGUCCGUCAUAUCGAUUCCCUCCUGUACCAGAUCUCGAAACAAGGGAAUACCCAGCAGGGGAUGAACAUGAGUCAAUGGUUCAUGUGGCUUGCUUUUGACGUGAUUGCGGAUCUCUCCUUUGGCGAGGAGCUUGGCACAAUCGAGAUAGGCAAGACACUGCUAGACUGGAGCGCUUUGCAUGAAAUCGAAGCUGACCGUCAUGACCUAGGCGAAGGAAACUACUGGAUGCACAUGCUGGCUAACAGUGGUUUCCAGAUUGCCCUAGGCUACGUGGUCCGUCGACGAUGGAAGGCUUUCCAAGACCUCGUGAGGUAUUGCCUCGUGAAUGAGAAAAGCAAGAGGAUGCGCAACAAGUACCUCGCCAACGCCCGCCAGGCGGCUUCUCAGCGACUUCAGAGGGGUGCAGACGUCGAUCGUUUCGAUUUCUUCAGUCAUCUACUGCGUGAAAAGGCCCCAGAAGCCAACAUUGAAUUCUUCGCCUCGCAGGGUAGCACAUUGGUUGCUGCUGGAACUGAAACGACAUCCACCUUCAUGUCCGCGCUCACGUACCAUCUCUUGCAGCAGCCUGACUGCCUGAAGCACCUUCAGGAUGAGUUACACUGCACGUUCCGACAGCACAGUGAGAUCGACGGUGAAUCUACAAAGCCACUGAAGUAUCUCAAUGCGGUGAUAGAAGAGGGGAUGCGCAUUUUCAACCCUGCAGCCUUUGGGUUGCCUAGGGUUAGUCCAGGAGCUAAUGUUACUGGAGAAUGGAUUCCGAAAGGGACGGUUAUAGCCACGGCAACUCAUGUAACUUCUCGUGACGAGAGAUGGUUCUGUAAAGCGAAAGAGUUCCAUCCGGAAAGAUGGCUUCCCGCGGAUCACCCAUGCUACGAUGCUACAUUCGAAAAUGACCAAAAAGAGGCUUCAAAGCCGUUCUCCAUCGGCCCAAGGUCUUGCAUUGGUAUCCACUUGUCUUACAUAGAGGUACGAAUAUGUAUUGCAAAGUUGGCCUGGAGCUUUGACUGGGAACAGGUCAACAAAAGCGAAGAUUUCGUCAGAGAUGCGCGCUUGUUAGGUCUUUGGAAGGCUUCUCCGUUCCACGUGCGUUAUCGUCCGUUCCAUGGGUUCCAAGUCUGA